ACUGACAACUGGAUCAGUCAUCAGAUAGUUGUCUUCAUCUAUGAACUGGAUUGAAACGCCGUGGAAACGCCUGAAACCAGAAAACUGGUAACCUUAGAAAAGGUCAUUUUCAAAAUUAUUUUUGAGCGUAUUAUUUAUCUGUCCAGACAUAUUUUUUACGGAUAAGCCAAUUUUAGUUUAAAGAAUUGCGUCUGCUUAACACGGCCAGUUUUUUGGAAAUUUUAGGGAUUUUUUCAAGAAAAUUGGCAAAAAGUCACAUAAGCACUUCCUGGUUUUUUUUAAAUAUAUACAGAUUUUGAAGAUACAAUCCCCAAGUUGCAAUGGAGAAAGUAUUAAGUGUCUUUAAAGCAUCUUGCCAAGAGGGCGGAGGUUACUUAAAAAGGGCCAAUCCCGUACAGUUGCAGGACAUCUUCAACAAAUAUGCUUCCAUCGAGAAGAACGGCGAGAAGUUUAUGACUCCUGAUGAUUUUGUGAUCAGAUUCCUGGGUUUAUUGAACGAUAAAGAUUUUAAUGCUGACACUGUGCGCUUAUUGGCUGGCAUUGUUGACACCAGCAAGGAUGGACUUAUUUCUUAUCCCGAGUUCCAGGCCUUUGAGGGCUUAUUAUGCUUUCCUGAUGCUCUUUAUAAAACAGCUUUUCAGCUCUUUGACACCAAUGGAAAUGGCAUGGUUAGCUUCCAUGAAUUUGUCGAAGUAAUGAAAAAAACUGAGCUGCACCAGCGUAUCCCAUUCAAUAUGGAUACGCCUUUUGUGCAGCUCUACUUCGGUAAGAACAAACAACGCUUGGUUACCUACAACGAGUUCAGCCAAUUUUUACAUGACUUCCAUGAGGAGUAUGCCAUUGAAGGUUUUAGGAGAGCUGACAAAGAUGGCUCUGGUUUUAUUUCUGUUUUGGAUUUUCAGGACAUUAUGAUCAACAUCAAGAGUCACUUACUCACCAAAGAAGUUCAAACCCACCUUAUAGAGGCUGUACAAGGAGAAACUCAAUCUCGCCGAGUGAGCUUUCCAUACUUCAUAGCAUUCAAUUCCCUACUUAAUAAUAUGGAAUUGGUGAAAAGAAUUUACCUCAACGUUACUAACGGCCAUCGUGCUCAAGAAGUUAGCAAAUAUGAAUUUAUGCAUUCCGCACAGGCAAUGUCCCAAAUGACUCCACUCGAAGUUGAAAUUCUUUUUCAUUUGGUAGACGUCUUGCAUCAAACAGGGCGUAUUGUGUACAACGAUCUCUAUGCAAUUGCUCCAGAGCAGUAUUUUAAGCAAAUUACCAACCGGCUUGCUGAAAUUCACGCUGUUUCGAGUCCCGAGGAAAGAGGAGUUUUAAUUCAAAUUCUUGAAAGUGCUUAUCGUUUCACCUUAGGUUCUAUCGCCGGAGCCGUGGGUGCUACUGCAGUAUAUCCGAUCGAUUUGGUGAAAACUCGAAUGCAAAAUCAACGCACUGGUUCAUUUAUCGGUGAAUUGAUGUACAAAAAUAGCUUCGAUUGCUUUAAAAAAGUCAUCAGACAUGAGGGAAUUUUUGGAUUAUAUAGGGGAUUGGUACCGCAACUAUUGGGUGUCGCACCUGAAAAGGCCAUAAAACUCACUGUCAAUGAUUUAGUCAGAGACAAGCUCACAGAUAAAAAUGGGAAUAUUUCUUUGUAUGGGGAGAUAUUGUCUGGUGCCUGUGCUGGUGGAUCACAAGUAAUUUUUACGAAUCCCUUGGAAAUUGUAAAAAUUCGACUCCAAGUAGCUGGAGAAAUCGCCGGAGGAGCUAAAGUCCGAGCGUGGAAUGUAGUAAAGGAGCUGGGCCUGUUCGGUCUAUACAAAGGAGCUCGCGCAUGUUUACUAAGAGAUGUACCAUUCAGCGCUAUAUACUUCCCCGCAUACGCUCACACCAAAGCUAGUUUUGCAGAUGAAAGCGGAUACAACCAUCCACUUACUUUGCUGGUGGCGGGAGCCAUUGCUGGUAUUCCUGCUGCAUCGCUUGUUACACCAGCCGACGUUAUAAAAACAAGAUUACAGGUAGUAGCCAGGGCUGGACAAACCACAUACUCAGGAGUUUUAGAUGCCACUCGCAAAAUAUAUGCCGAAGAAGGAUUCCGAGCGUUCUGGAAAGGUUCAAUAGCUCGAGUAUUCAGAUCGUCCCCGCAAUUUGGUGUUACGCUGUUAACAUAUGAACUUUUACAAAGAACGUUGUAUGUUGAUUUCGGAGGAAGUCGACCAUCUGGUUCAGAACUGAAAGUUCCAUCAAUAGUUGCAGACAACGCGCUAAGAAACGCUGAUCACUUAGGAGGAUACUCAGUGUCAGUACCAAUCUUUUCAGGAAUUGAAACAAAGUUCGGGUUAUGCCUGCCGAAAUUUAGCCUUUCCAAAGCGUCGUAACAACACGACUACUACUAGUGAAACAUUUAGAAAUAUUCAACCGCUUUUCAAGACAGAAUCAUUGAUUGUAGGAAGAGAUUGUUUUGUAAAUAUAAGAAAUUCGAUAUUGUAAAAAUGCAAGUAAUUAUUCGGCACUGAAGGAACUUGAAAACAUUUACUGGCACUGUGAUAUAAUAAUUGAAAUGAACAACUUUUUACUUUGUUUUUAUUUUCGAUAGUAAUGGAUCUACAAUGUUUAACAAAUGCGGUAAAGAUGUCUUAAAAUACCUCAUUCCUUCAUAUGUAAAACUCUUUAAAACAUUCAUCUUGUUAUAUUAUUUUAAUCAACUGAUUAGAAAACGAUUAAUUUUAUUGACUACUCAGUCUAACACAUAGUUUCAGGAACAAAUAAAUCCAUAAGUACA